AUGUGGUCCACCCCCUCCUUCGGCGGUUUGAGCGGUUUUGGCAUGGGCGGCACCCAACGCUGCAGAGGCUGUGACCACCCACGGCCGCGAUACACAGGGGGGUAUGCGUCGGUGCGCUCGAGUCUGGGGAAGAUGAGGCAAGCGGCGAAGUGGGGAUGUGAGGUGUGUGCUAUUUUGGAGAGGGGGGUUGGUAUGUAUUUAAGGGAUGUGGGUGAUGAGGUUGAGGAGAAGGACGUGGAACUCCAGUUGGACUUUAACCUCGCUGCAUCCCGGCGGAGUUUAGAAGUGGUGCUCAUCGGCAGGGGUGUGACGUUAAGUUUCUUUGCCUCGGAACUAACACCCUACCUAACAACCCUCCUCCCCGACCUCCCCCUCGGCCUUCCGAUCCCCCCAACCACCUCCUCCCCGACCUCCCUAUCCUGGGCCCAACGCCAACUCGCCCACUGCCAAACCAACCACCGAGCCUGCAGCGCCUUCGCUUCGGCCCCCCUUCCCAGCCGUGUCCUCGACGUCCUGCCCGCAGAUUCCCCAGAUUCUGAUAACCCCCCCACCGUCCGUCUACAUAUUUCUUCCCCCGGUGAAUCCGCCCCCUACCUAGCACUCAGCCACUGCUGGGGCCACCGCCCCUUCCUACGCACCCUCUCCGGCAGUCUGGAGGAACAUCGAGCCGGGAUUGUCUGGGAGAGGUUACCGCGGUCUUUUCAGGACGCGAUUGAGUUUACGCGCCGGCUGGGGGUCAGGUAUCUGUGGAUUGAUAGUUUGUGUAUUGUGCAGGAUGAUGUGGAGGAUUGGAGGGUGGAGGCGUCGAGGAUGGCGGGGGUUUAUCAGGGGGCGGUGGUGGUGCUUUCGGCGGCGAAGGCGGAGGGGGCUUAUGGGGGGUUGUUUGCGGGGGAUGAGGGUGGGGGGAAGGUGUAUGAGGUUGAGUUUACCCCGGGGGAGGGUAAUGAUUCAGGUUCGGAGUCGGUGAAUGGGUCUAGCGAUGGGGGUUCAGGAGCUGCGGCGGAUGAUGGCCAACAACAAGAGAAACAAACAAUCUACCUCCGCCGCGCCCUGUCUCACCCCCAUCGACUCCUCUCCCCCUACCACGCUUCGGCAUCCUCCCUCCCGAUUUUUACCCGCGGCUGGGUCUUCCAAGAGCGUUUUCUCUCGCCUCGCGUGCUGCAUUUCGGCCGGGAUGAGCUCUCCUUUGAGUGUCUCGAGGCCACGGUCUGCCAAUGCAGUCCGGCGCCUGUUCCGGCGAGUGUCAGUGGGGAUGAUGGCAGCAACAGUCUCAUGCCGGCGUGGUACAGUGAUAUGCUGGACCAUACGGCUAGGCCGAAGAGGUAUUACUCGCCGCUGCGGUGGAAGCAAAUACGACAACAACAACAACAACAAAAACAACAACAACAAGCUGAGGGUAAUACAAGCAAUGGGAGUCCAGCUGACCCCCUGGCCAUCUGCUGGCGCCGUCUCGUGGCAGAUUACACCCUCCUCCGCUUAACCCACGAUGGGGAUAUCUUCCCGGCUGUGUCUGGCCUCGCUCGGCGGAUGCAGGAGGCUUUACUUCUCAACUUUGAGAAUCCCAACAGCAACACGAACAACAACAACAACACCGACGCAGUAACCCCUGACCCUGACCAAAACCCAAAACUGUUAACCAAAAACAACCCCCUCGACUUGGCCAAACCCCAUUACCUAGCCGGCCUCUGGUCCCCCACCCUCCUCCGUGGCGAUCUCCUCUGGCACGUCGACCUCCCCCCCCUCGGCUACGGUCCCAAUCCCAUUAACCCCCCCAACCACCCCCUCACUGUACCGGAACCAACCCCAACAACCCCCCGCUGGGGCCCAUCCAAUAUCUCCCGCCCCAACAAAUGGCGCGCCCCCUCCUGGUCUUGGGCCUCAGUCCGCGCACCAGUGGGGUUUGUCAACGUCCAAGAGGGGGUUGAACCAAGCUGUGAAGUGUUGGAUGGAAGGAUAAGGAAGGAGAUACAGCCGUUUGAGGUGGCCGAGUUGGAGGUGUUGGAUGGGGGGUAUUUGAAGAAUCUGUGGAUGGACGAUGAUUGUCAGGGGCUGGUCAAGAAGGAUGGGAGUUUGGAAGAGGUGUAUUUGUUGGUGGUCGGUCGGAAGUUGCCUCGGAAGGAAUUGUUGUGUUUGGUGUUGGCUAGGAAUGACACGGGAAAUGACGGGGAUACUCCACCGACGUACCGCCGGAUCGGGCUGCUGGAGGUGUUUGGGGGCCCGCCGCGGCCGGUCGCAUGGGGAUGGUUGCAUGAGUUGUUGGGGAAGGGGGAGGAUGCUGUUUUGAGGGUUAUAUAA